UUUUUUAACUAGAGUGCUUGUUGUAAAUGAUGUGAUAAUAGAGAUACAGAAAAACUUGUGUAUAGUAGGUAGUGAUGUACUGGUAAGUUGGAGAGACUCGCUAAACGCGCGUGGACACUACAAGUUCCGAUAAGCGCGCCGCGAGUGGGCGUUGCUAACGUAACAACGAGCUCCGUCAGCUCUACUGCCUAGCUUCAACCGAGUGCGUAUUACCCAGUUUACCAACUCAACUCUUAAAGUCGCCAAAUCGAAUCUAACUAAGCCCUUUACUCUGACUCGCCUUUUCAAUAUCGCUAGCCGUUCAAUAUAUCAUAAUAUUCCACCUUUCACCAUGAACCAUUAUCCUGAAGUCUGGGGUCGGCCUAGGGAUGAUAUCUACGGGUCUUACAACUCCUCAUACCUUCAGACCACUGGCCCAAAAACCCACACUCAGUCUCCUGCUGUGACUGGGACGUCGGUAAUAGCGGUCAAGUUCAACGGUGGCGUGGCGAUCGCUGCUGAUAACUUGGCAUCGUACGGGUCUCUCGCUCGGUUCACCGAUGUUAAACGCCUGCGUGUAUUCGGCGACUCUGCUGUGGUCGGCUUCAGUGGCGAUGUAUCAGACAUGCAAUACAUCGAUCGUCUUCUGGAAUCUAUCGACAUCCGAGAAAAUUAUUCGACACACGGUAAUAUGCUGAACGCAAAAAACCUCCAUACGUACCUUUCCAAGGUCCUCUAUAAACGUCGCUCCGAAUUCAAUCCCCUCUGGAAUCACAUUCUCGUUGCGGGAUUUGAUGAAUACAAGAAGCCCUUCCUCAGCUCAGCCGACCUUCUCGGUACUACAUAUUCAGCACCACAUCUCGCAACUGGGUUUGGUGCGCAUCUUGCUAUCCCCAUCCUGCGUCGGCUGUUCCCUGAAGAGAAGCCACUCGAGGAAAUCAGUAAGGAUGAGGCAGAAGCGGCUUUGAGGGAAUGCCUUAAGGUUCUGUGGUACCGCGAUGCGCGGAGUCUGGAUAAAUAUUCAAUUGCAGUGAUCACAGCGGAGGGAGUUGAGGUCAAGGAAGACCAAGUGAUCGAGGCCCAGAGCUGGGCGUUUGCUGAGUCUAUCAAGGGGUAUGGAGCUCAGGUUAACUAGGUAUAGCUUUGGACAUCGGCAAGAAUUUUACUAGCAAAGCAUUACAGUUUCAUGACUAAACAAAACCCUAAUCGGCAGAGAGAAUUCAUGAUUACUAUGUUUCCAUAGCAGAAAAGGCAAAGCUCUCGUAGUACCUGUUAAAUAUUUAUUCAACCCCAUACUAUCUCUUUCAUAGCUU